CUUACUACUACGUAUACUACGUGUUAGCCCAAUUCGGAUUUUAUACUGCAUAGUAUUUCAUACAAGGGUUAGGCUGACUGUAAGCUUCGCAAACUAAAAACAGUUAAAACGCAUAUUAGAUGAUGUUGACAAUUGCGCUUGAUUAAUCUCUAAUUGAAUUCAAUUCAUCGGGUUGCAGAAAUGCAAUAAGGCUUUAGUUUCGUGGACCAUAUACGCAAAAUUCGUCUGCCGCAGUUCUUUUUCUUGGCAAUAAGUAUUAGUGGAUCCAGAGUAUAAAUGCCAUCUUUUCGUCAGAAAGUUUCUACUUAUUUCCGUCAGCUUAGUUUCGUGUCUGAACGCGAUCAUCGAAACCGAAUUCAGCAAUCCUCACCGCUGCCAAAUGGAAGCUUCAUAACCCAAUACCUGGAAGGAGUCUGGGAACCACCAGAUUCCACACCGAUAAUUCACAAUGGUAAAUCGCCGGAGGAUAUGCCCGAAGUUCGAAUCGGACGAUACGUGGUAAACCAAUCGCAAGCUGAUGCGGCGUAUACAGGACCGUUCGAGGGUCUCACUGGAAUUAGGCGCACAAGAACUCAUCUUACGGCGGGCAUUGCCGACGAUAUUGACUUUAUCGAUGUUCCGCCGGAUUCGGGACUUAUAGUGCAGAAGGAAUCAAAUUUAAAUUCUAAUCCUGCUAAUACUACCUACCAAAAGCACAGCGAAUCUUCAAAUAGCACAUGCAGUCCACAACUGGAGCAAAUAACGAAACCAACCAAAAAUGGUACGGUGAAAGAACUCGACCAAAAAACCAACCAUGACAACGAACCAAUAGCUUGCAUUGCUGACUGGAAUCGUCCGAAUGAAGAUGCUUAUGGGAUAUCAGUGUCGUUAUACGAAAAGCAUUUUCAUUCCUCAGGCAGCGUUGGUGAUCCAAUCGCCGACUGUUUUGGGAUCGUAACCCGUCCAGACUCCUGUAUUAUGGCCAUGGCUGAUGGUGUAAAUUGGGGGGAAGGAGCCAGGAUUGCCGCCCGAUCAGCAGUACAGGGUUCAAUGGAGUAUCUUAAUUCUGCAGUUUUUGGAAUUCAUCAAGUUACGUCUACAAAGGAAAUAUUCGUGAGCUUAGUUCGUAGCUUCUGGGAAGCCCACAAGUACAUCCUGCAAGUCGGUGGAGCAUUGAGCACGUUGACCAUUGCAAUUGUGCUUCCUGCAGAAGAUUCAAAUCAAAGUAUUGUCUGCUGCUGUAAUGUGGGAGAUUCAUUAGGCUAUGUGUUUUCUAAGAACAAAAUUGUUCGUGAACUAACACAGGCAUCUCACGAUGUCAAUCUCAUGCGGGACAUGCGGGAUGCCCUAGGCGCUCUUGGACCGGUUCAUGGUGAUAAGCCAGAAAUGAGUAACCUAACCCUGUCUAUGUCUUACGUCGACGAAGGUGAUAUUGUUUUUCUUACAUCCGAUGGUAUAAGCGACAAUUUCGACCCCGUCGUCGGUCGUUUCGCGGAAGCAGUUUCUAGUGAUGGCGGUAAUACUAACACUAGUACUACUACCAAUGUCAAACAACAAUCCAGUAUACAUGCUAGAGAACCGACGUACGGCGACAGAAAUGGUUUAAAACCGGUAUUGGCUCAUAAACGUCACAACAAGAGUGCGCCCAUGUUGGCACAUUCUACUGCUAACCACCCAGAACGUAAGGUUCCCGUGACCUUAAGACAGCCCUCUCAGCAAGGUGUUGUAGACAGGAGCUACAGUUCCAAGUACGUGGCGCGUUCGAAAACAUUCAUUGAGCCGAGUGGAGCGAACAGACAACCGAAUAAUAUGGGCAACAGAUCUGGUAAAGCCAUCGGUUCCGGUAUGAUACUACCACGUGUUACAGCAGCGCAAAGACAUACGCUUACGUUGUUGCGAAUCGCCGAUCUGCUAGUGUACGGUAUCAACGGAUCGUUGCGUCCAUGUACAACCGCUAAGCAACUCUGUCAACUAUUGAUCGACUUUGUAUCAUGCAUUACGGCCGCCAAACGCAAGCUUCUAGAGCAACGUGAACUCUACUACAAAGUAGUGACGGCUGCGGACGGAACUUGCAAAGAAACGCGGAACACAAGGCAGGAACACAAGGUGAUAAGGAAGCGCAUGGUAGACGGCACCACGUUUUCGGUUUUGCCGGGUAAAUUGGAUCAUGCCUCAAUAGUUGCCUAUACCGUGCGCAGGCGCUGCAUGGAGAAACAUAUUGUGUAAAUGUGCUUAAACAUAUGAAAAAUGGAAAUUGCGCCUUUAAUGUGUUUUUGCCUCGAACUGCCUACAAGUCAAAGUAACGCUUACAAAUCAACGUAUUAUACUGAACAGUACGAACGUAAUACCUCCUUCUUUUUUAUGCAAGCUUGUAUGGAUAAUUAUUUGUUCAAUAUUGUUUCUUUUAACGAAACAUAUGGUCU